AUGUCCCAGCAAAAUGGAGUUCCCUCCUCCCUCGCUCCCCUAGCAGCGCACCCAACCGACGGAACUGCGAUCAGGCCAGUCAUCACUCCUAACUCGCAUCCAUCAAAUUCGUCCGCGUCGGCUUUUCAAAACCUAUCUACGGUGUCCACAUCAUCGAAUCGAAGCCGUCCGAGAACAAUCAUCCCAAAACUCUCGGCAGCCACGACCGAGCUGCUUGCCCGGUUGGCGGGUAAUAUCAGAGGGUCGCAGCCGCAGCAGCAGCAGACGCUGCUGGGAAAUGAUAAAACCCCCAGUAGCCGGAACGGGUUUCCUGUUAAUACAUCGAAUCGAAACAUACAAGGUGCCAAUGCUCGGAGAGCACGCACCAUGAGGGUUUCUUCAGUUUUUAUUGACUUGUCAACUCCUCCAUUCGUCUACCCAACCAGCGUGGAUGUGGAGACGCCGGUGGUCACUACUACUCCGACCUCUGUCCCUGCGCCUGCGGAGCCUUCCACGGCGCUGCCCUCUGAUGGAUCAUCUGAAAAGCCGCCUAGUCUAGCCAACAUUGCUCCUAAGCCAGUAGCGACCCCGUCAACUCCUGCAUAUGUUGCUCCCCGGGUGCCGAUCCAAGUACAGCCCCCAGCAGAACCUCAGCCGCCAUCAUUACCACCAUUAGCACCGCUGGUGCCAGCUCCCACAGUAUCAACGCCUUCAAACUCUUCUGUACCGAGGGCAGUAUCAGCAAAGACAGUCAAAGCCACGUCAGCUCCUCGGCAACGAGCUGUUGCCGGGAACAGAAAAAGCCUGUCCAAGAAACGAAAACGUGGCAAGGGCAGUGACGGUGAAGAUGUCAUACGAGCUGGAGACUCCAGCUCGGACGAGUCAGACUUCACACCUACCGCAACGCAAACAAAGUCCGGCCGUCAAGUGAACAGACCAUCAUUAUAUGUCCCUGAACCUGUUAUACCUGCUCUUCCCAAGGAGAACAUCAAUCCACUCGGGCCUCCAGAGAAGGCUCAGGAUGCAGCAAAGAAGCGCAGACGUGUCUCUCGAAAAGGAAAAACCACGACUACAACGUGCAGACAUUGUCAGCGUGGCCACAGUGCACCCAGGAACGUCAUUGUAUUCUGCGACGGCUGCAAUCGUGCGUGGCAUCAGCACUGCCACGAUCCGCCCAUUGAGAGGGAUGUCAUCACAGUGAAGGAGAAGGAGUGGCUCUGUCAGGAAUGCAACCCUGUUGAGAUAAACAUUAUUCAUCCCACAGUCGUCAGAAGCAACCCAAGUCUAACAUGGAAUCCUCCUAUCUUUGUCCCGAUACCUCCGCCCAAGGCUGAAGUCGGGGGCGAACGAUUUCCUACGCUUGAUCGACGCCAAUUUCUCUCAGGGCUAUCGCACGCUACCCUCGUCGAGCUGCUUCUUAGCAUAUCAGACAAGAAUCCGACAGUGCCCAUGUUCCCUGAGAAUAUGGCUUCAUUGCCUGUAUCAAAGUUCCCAUCUUCACAGGCCACAAACCAUUCAUCUGGUAUAGAACCUGCUCCUACACUUCCGGUUGCAACGAACAACUCCACCUCAGCCAAUCCUACAGGCUUCGCUGCAGGAAACGGUAUAGCCACACCCAACCCAGAUGCGCCUCAACAGCGCCCUCGCGGGAGAUAUCAAGAAGAAUCAUCCGACGAAGAGUCCGAGUACGAGUUCCAAGAGCACCGUCUAUACCCACGAGCCGGUAAUGGAGUGCGUCUCUCGGCUUUGGCGGAGGAUCUCGAUAUUCUGGCGGAAGACCCGGCUUGUCCUACGUUCAGUUAUACUUUGCACGGACCUAUGCAGGCUAGCAUUGCUGGGAGGGUCUCCGCUUAA